UGCGUGAUGAUGCCGUACUGCAAGGUGGCCGUGAGUGUGACCCUUUCCCGGCAUGCUCCGCGCCUCUCCGUCCCGGACGUGUCCGUACACGAAGAUGGCCUCGCCCGGCAGUAGCUCAGCGCGCGCGCUGGUGCAGUACGUGGUGCUGCGGGGCGACCUGCAGCGGGAGCCGCUCUCGUGGCCGCUGGGGGCCCUGGUGGCGCAGGCCUGCCACGCGGCCCUGGCGGUGGUGCAUGCGUACUACGGGCAGGCGGACACCGGGGCCUACCUGGCUGAGGGGGGCAGCAUGAGGACCGUGGUGCUGGAGGCCCUGGAUGAGGGUGCCUUGACGACACUAGCUGAGACUCUGAAGCAACACAACAUCGAUCACAAAGUGUGGAUAGAGCAGCCAGAGAACAUAGCUACUUGCAUCGCACUCAGACCCUACUCCAAGGAGGAAGUGCACCAACAUCUGAAGAAGUUCAAAUUGCUCAAAUGACCUUUACCCUGGCUUCUCGUUAUAGAUCCCUCACCGUCAUAGUGUCGUACAGACUUAACCAGAACAUGUAGCUUUCUUUGGUGCGUCUGGCUGAAAAAUGAUAGAUAUAUAUGGAGACAAUAAAGCUGCAUGUGUCCUAAAGGCAUCAUUUUAAGAUGCAUCUGCUGAAAAACCAUAUAACGCUUUUCCUGCAUGUUGCUGUUAAAGCCAAUGCUCUUCAAUGGAGAUGACGAAACACUCAUGUCUUUCACUUCCACGGAAAGGGAUUUUGGUGGCAUGUAUGAAUGCAGCUUAUUCCAGAAUAAAUAUUCACUUACCAGCCUUGAGCCAUCAAAAUUGCAGUGAGCAAAGAUGGAAAAGAUCUAAGGGGACACUUAGUCUGUGUCCCAGCCAGAGUGGGCUUUUUCCCUACAGCAAACUCACUAGGUUGUGUCAUUCUCAUUUUUAGAUGUCUCCAGAAAUCCACUGCAUCCAGGGGGAAAUUAUUCCUUAGACCAACAGGUUUUGCUUUCUAGGGCAGAAGUUUUCUCAGACAUUCAGCCUAAAUUUCACCCCAUUACUCCCAUCUCUGGUGCUGAAUUCUUCUCCUGCCAUGGCCCGUAGAGAAUAGGUAGUAGCGAGAUGUCCUUUAGUUUCUUUCAGUCCUGCUGGAACUGUUUUAGUUCUGUCUUCCCUUAAGUCAGCUCCUCCAGGCCUCUCCUCCUCCUUGUUGCUUCUCUCUGAGCUCUCUCCAGUUUGGGUCUUCCAAAUAAUGAGGCACUCGUGCAGUCAGCCCUCUAACAGCUGGGGUGAGAUCUCUGCACAUGCAGCCCAAAAUCAUAGCUACCGUAUCGCAUAACAGGCCUGCAGUUACACACAGGUUUGCAAUCUGUGGUACUCUAUCGUGCUGUAGGUCUCAACACUACCGCUGCCUUGCUGUCUCCCUUCCAUUGCCUCCCUGUGAAGCAGAAGAAUUGUCCACAGCUGUUUGAUAGUUACCCAGAGUUUGCUUGUGGGGAGCAGCUCUUGUUAAGUGCUAUAGGGCAGCUCUCUACUGGCAGUAUUAUGUAACUAGCCACAACCUAUAAUUUGGGCCCUGAGAUAAGAUCCAGCUGCCUGUAUGGCACUGCCUACUGUUUGCUUACUUCCCCAUAGUAUAGCUGCCAAUGGAGGGGGGUGCGGACAGCACUACUUACAAGGAUUUGAAAUGAGCAAAUGCUAAGAAAGGGGGUGUCGCAGAAUGAAAUCAAGAAAGGGGAAAAUGUGGGUUGAACACAAGGAAAAGCUCCUGGAGCUUUGAAGCCGUGAUGACUUAAUCUCUAUCUCGUGCAGGCUGGAAGGAACAUUCCUGCAGCAGUCACAAGGGGGUGGAGGGGAUGAGCUCACUGGUCUCUUCCGUCUCUGAUUUCUGUAUGAGGGAUCAUAACUGUCAAAUAGCUGCUCUGUGUGACACUGUCAGCUCCGCUGCUGCUCAGCCUUGGUCGCUUUUCUGAGCCUCUUUCUACGUGCAGUGAGCACCCAACAAUCAGGCUUCUCCCCCACAUUCACCCCUUUUACCCUUGUUUUAACUGCUGCAGCUCUGCAUCCAGCAGAAGCCCUGAUGUUGUUUUCCCCUAAGCAAAAGACAAGGGAAAGCUUAAAACUCUGUUCUUGUAACAUAAGGAAUGAGUAAAUACAAGUGGCGAGAGGAGGGAAGGAGAGCUGUUACUGACGAUACAGCUUUGCCCUCUGAGACAACUGUUCAACGCUCCCAGUGUUAAGCGCGAAUGCGUUUUGCAUUAGGCCUCAUUUCUGGCUAUUUCUUAUGCCACAUGGUUGCAGGGUCUAAUGGGGAGUUUUAAAUAAACCUAAGUGUCUUGGUUCAAGCCAAGCAUUUAGCUUGUGUGACCCCAAGGGGUUAAUAUGAUAGGGACAGAAAUGGUUAGUGAUGCUCUUCAAAGAGGGGGUUAGUGAAGGUAUUUUUUUUUGAUAGGAUUUAGAUUAUGCCCCAUGUGUUGUUACAAAGCCAGCCACACUGGGCUAAUGGCCCAGAGCUAGAACGGGAAACAGACGGAUCUAAAAGCACUGUCCAAGCUACAAAAAGUAAGAUGCUAGCACUGCUGGUGAGAGAGAGCCCCACUCCCUCAACCCCUCUCCAUAUGUGACCCCAUGCAGCAUAGUUCCUGAUAGAAAAGGCUUGACUUUGUUUUCAUAAGCCAGGUUAGUUCUUUAUGCAGGUAAGUCUCAUUUGCUCCCGUGUGGCUGUGAAUUGGCAGUUCUUAUUUCAAUGGAACUGGGUUGAAAAUAAACAUGGUUUUCUUUACCAGUC